GAUCAUCUUUCUUGCUGUCAGUGCUGGAUGUGAUGGAUGGUUUCUAAACUAUGAUUCACCUUGUCUGACAGUAUUAUCGCAGCCAUUUAAAACACUAAUGUGCACUCAAAGUGCUGCCAGAUGAAGCCUUAUUAUUAUUAUUAUUACUACAUACUGUCACUUUAAGAAGCACCGAUGCAGCAGACGCAGUUGCUUCAUUUCAUCUCCGGGCUCCAUGGCUGCAGGAUGGACUCUCAUCAGCAUCAGCAGCAGCAGCAUCUUUUCUUCCCGUUGCCACCAGGGACUGUUCAGCGACCAUCCAGUGUGGGGGGAACCGGGAUGCACAACUUCUACCUGCAGAGAUGUCCAGCUGUGAGGGCUCCUAGCGUCCCUCUCUAGAGACCGCAGUGGAGAGGUUGGAGGUCCCUUGCACAUCAAUGUCUCUCACUCCGAGUCGAAAACCCUCCUCAGGUCAGCGCAGGCGCUCAGUGGGCACCGGUGGACGAUAUCCCCACAGCGAUGCAUCCAGUACCCACACCUACCCGGGUCGGGUUAGGACAGUAGAGAGCAGCCCCACAGCCCGGACUUAUCCCAGUACACCCAGGCGUCAGGCAAAGCACACAGCCUGCAGCGACAACCAUGGGAUCAGACCUCCAACCCCGGAGCAGUACCUUACACCUCUGCAACAGAAGGAGGUGUGUAUACGACAUCUGCGAGCCAGGCUGAGGGACAAUGUGGAAAGACUGCAACACAGAGACUGUGAAAUAGAUGAGUUGAGGAGCCAGCUGUACAGGAUGCAGGAAGACUGGAUAGAGGAGGAAUGUCACCGCGUGGAGGCCCAGUUAGCCCUGAAGGAGGCCCGCAAGGAGAUCCAGCACCUUCAGGAGGUGGUUGAGUCAGUAAGGACCAACCUGAGCGUCCGUGAACAAGACCCCCAUGACCAAAAGCCAUAUUCAGGGUUGCAGGGAGCUCGGUCCAGGGGGAAGUCUCGCUCCUGUGGCUGUUCCCCAGCCAACACUUUGAGCCGUAGCACCACCUACACCCGUCUGAGCAGCGAGGCUCUGCAGCUGGAGCGCAGCUCGAACGCUCCUGAGUCAAGCAGAGCGUCUCGCCCAGUAGGACAAACCCACCUGCUCCUGGAGGCGGCCCUCCUGUCAGAGCAGAUGCCACCACCGCAGGGCCACAUCCGAGGAUCCCCGACCACGCCGCGCUCUUCAACCUAUGAAAGGCUGUGCACUGGGGGGGCGGUGUUACCGAUCUCACACUCCUGCCACACUCUCAGUAGCACCUGCAAGUGCACUGCCCACACCUACCUCCCCCAUCAUCACUUGUUCCUCCACUUACCUCAGGAGGAGGUCCCGGUAACAACCGCCCCUGCUGGACCUGCUUCUGAUCCGAUCCCGAUUCCAACUCCUGCAGUGGAGAAGAAACCAGAGGUGCGCUCCCAGGCCUGCAGCCCAACCAUGACCUGGCUGUGCGAGGAAACCUGUGCCGAAGAGCUGAGUGUCAUUUCUUUACCCACAGCAGACACCGACCCCUCAGAACCACAUCCGAUUCCAUCGUCCUUACCUCCUCUGUCCCCUCCUGAGCAUUCAUACAGAUUAGACGCGCUACCGCCCGACAAACCAGAGGCGGCAACAAAGACCCCAGCAGAGCCCCACACCUGCCAGCCCCACCCUACAGCCCCGCUUCCAGUGAGGCAGGAAGCUACGAUGCUGGAGAUAGACGAGGACAAUAUGGAUGAAACUGAAGGCACAAACGAAGACGUGUAUCCGCCUCAGCCCUGCCACUGGAGUCGCUAUUUCCUCAUAGAUCUGUUGGCUUUGGCGAUGCCAGUGGUGCCGACCAUGGCGUGGCUGUGUCGAGGGGCGCAGCGGGAAGUCAUGCCGGUGUAUCACAUCGGGUCCCUGCUGAGAGGCUGCUGCGCUGUGGCCCUUCACUCGCUUCGACGCCGAGGUGCAGGAAGAGGACGCAGACCUGCCAGCAUGAACGGAACAACACCAAUCUGAGACUUUCUAAACCCCUUUGACAUCAAAAAUACAACUCCCAACCUCUGCAGGCACAGCCACAGCAAUGCUAAACCACAUUAGCCACGUGUUGGCUCUCUCCCUCUUAUAAGAUUUUUAGAUUUUACAUAAUGCCCUUGUGUUUUUGUGGUCAUGCCUUGCCUUAGAGAACAAAGGAUUAGUUGUGCAUCAUUAAAUCUGUUCAUUACUCACAUAUACUUACUGCUUCUGCCUGCAGUUUAAAUUGUUUUCUUUUUAUUGGAAUUUGCAUGUGUCCCACAUUUUGGAUGAGCUUCCUUUUGCUUGAAUUAAACUGGAUUUAGACGAGACAUGUAGAAGAAAAAAAUCUGAGGUUGAAUGCUCCUCUGUCAUCACAUUUUUGCAGUCGGCGUUUAUCUGACUCGUUCGGAGUUUACAGAUUUAAAGAGCACAGUGAGUCGAAGGCAUUCAUUUUUGUACUUCAGUUAUUUCCACCCAAAAUACUGAACAUGGUUUAAAUAAAGUUCAGGAACAAGGACCACGCCUUGAACUCAUCCCAUUUCCGCUUUUCAAGUACUUGAUUCCCUUCUCUCUCCCUGCCACCAGCCGACACCGGUCAAUCUCCAAUCUCCUCCAUCCAUCAACGACCCUGAUUUCUCCUCUCAUCCAUCACCCCUCCAUCCCUUCAUCCUUCUACCAUCAUCCCUUUAUCCCUCAUUCCUCCUACAGCGCAUCAUCUCGGUUCACUCUUAUCCAUAACAUGCAGUAAACAUGUCUAAACUUAAGCUCCACAGUGGCGUGAUCUUUGUUAGUGAAUACUGAACAAAGACCACGCCUUGAACUCAAUCUCCAAACUCCUCCAUCCAUCAACGACCCCAAUUUGUCCUCUCAUCCAUCACCCCUCCAUCCCUUCAUCCUUCAUCCGUACUAGAGUGCAUCAUCUUGGUUCACCUUAACAUGCAAUAAAGUCUAAACUUAAAUCCAUACAGGCGUGGUCUUUGUUAGUGAAAGCUGUUUCUAUAAAGUGGAGCAUGUGCAUCGAAACUAGUACUCAGGUGCAGAACAGACAGAUCAUUGAUCUUCAGAGUUUAAAGCUGCACGGACUCUAUUUCUUUGACAUUUAUCCAACACUAUUUUCUUGCUAAAAUCUCUAAAAAAUAAAAGAAUCUGCAGUUUAUAUCCUAAAUUUGAAUUUUUACAAUGGGCUAAUGCCAAACUCUUGCUGUUGAAAGACAAACAAAGACACUGAGCUCAUAGCUGUUUAGUGGGACAGCCUUCACAGGAGUUUGGGUCUAAAAAUAAAGCCUCGAGGUGGGUGUUUGAGCAUUAAUAUGCAUCUGACUUCCACUGCUCCGGUCCUGAAAUGUGCACCAUCUGCUCGUGUAUCUACAUUUUUCCAUAUAGGAGUUAAAGAAGAUAAAGAGAACAUAUAAUGGUCUGUGACUCGGAUGAGCAGUUUUGUUUACUGAAUUUGUGAAGAGAUUUUGAUACAGUGAUAUAUUUUCUAAUUUUACAUGGAACAAAAAGAUCUUUGCACAGCCGCGAGGACAGUUAUUCUUUGCGUAGGUCGCUUUCACGGCAAUGUAUAAGGAUGUACAGUACGUGUCAUGGUUGUGAACACUCAUCUUACAAGUGGCCCUUUUGUGUGUGUCGACUGAAAAGGCUCAAUUGUAACUACAAACUAUGAUGUUCAGUGUGUAUGGUGACUGAUUUCAGCCUUAUGCAAAAAACAAACAAAAAAAAAAGAGCAAUGUUUUAGCUUUCAGGGAUCUUUUUUCCAGUAAGGUUGUUUAAUCAGAUGAAUAGGCUGCAAAUGUUGUAAUUUAUUUGUGGUUGCAGCAGCAGAUAUUGUAGAGUUAUUAUUGAUUUGUUACACUACAUUCCCUUCAUGUUUAGUUGCUCACUUGUUCUUCUCAUCGCACAGCCUGGACUCAUGCAAGUAGGACCUUCAUCAGCCUGUACUGUACAUGCAAAAGCAAUGAAAUAGUGAUUAAGUGUACUGCAAAUCGCACAAGAAAUUACAGCAUAUUGCAAAAAAAAAAAAAAAAAAUACCCUGGAUGUUUCCUCUUCUAGGAAAAUAAAAGAUGCUUCUCUCUG